CAGCAGGUUUUAUUAUUUAAGUUUAUGCACUAAAAUAAGUAAAGCAUACAGACAUACUCGCCAGCACUGAUUAAAGUUUGUUUGCUGAUUAUAAAUAUACAGUGUAACAUUAAAAACGAGAAUAUGGUAAAAAGGUUUAGUUCAUAUUUUAAUUUAAAGGGUCAUUUUUCAUAUUAAUCACACGUAAAGCUUGUGGUUUAAAUUGAGUUAUCAAAAGUGAACUUUUUAAUGAUAUUUUUUAAAUUUGAUAAUGUAUGUUCACCUUCAUUAUGUGUUCUCUCUCAAGUAUACUUUGGUUAUUAUUUAAAUUAAGUUACUAAAACACUGAUACCAAUUUUAAUCAUAAAAAUAAUUGUAUUUAUAGGUUUGGAUCCUAUGACCUCCUCAUGCGCUUCUGGGCCUUAAUAGAGCCCUCUCUGCCAUCUAUGGUUAGUGUCACACCAGCACAGAGAGGCACCUUUGAGCCAAGUUCCACUGUGUCUCGUUACCUGCAGCCCAUAGAUGAGAUGUUCAUGUUUCUGAACUAUCUUGCACUGCGUUUAAAACAGCAUGACCUUGCCGACCGGUUUGGGGUCCACCAGUCCACAGUCAGUCGGAUUAUUACAACAUGGAGCAACUUUCUAUAUGCUGUGCUGGGGUCAGUGAGAAUCUGGAUGGCAGUGGAAAAAAUAAGGGAACAUCUGCCAGCAGAGUUCAAGGACUAUGCAGACACUACAGUUAUCCUGGACUGCACAGAGCUGAGGUGCCAGUGCCCAUCUUCACCUCUUCUUCAAAGUGAAGUAUUUUCUGUGUACAAGUCCCAUUGUACACUUAAAGGGCUGCUUGGUGUUGCUCCUCAUGGGGCUGUCACAUUUAUCUCUCCACUGUAUGCUGGAUCCAUCAGUGACAAACAGAUCAUGAGAGAGUCUGGAAUUCUCUCCCUGUUGAGACCUGGGAUGGCCAUCAUGGUCGAUCGAGGAUUUCUUGUUGGUGACUUUGUGCCAUGUAAAAUCUACAGGCCUCCAUUUCUGUCUGGAUGAUCCCAGAUGCCUGUUGGUGGGGUCAGGGAGACCCAGGCCAUUGCCCGCCUUAGGGUGCACGUGGAGCGCCUUCCUCUCCGGCUUUUUGGCAACAUUAAUCAGCUCUACACUGUAACAUGUCUGCUGACAAACUAUGAAAACGGGCCUCUUGUAAAGGCUUGGACAAAAAAGCAAGGCUCAACAUCUGCUGGGCUUUUUUGAAGGUGGAAAUGUUUAGUUUCUUAUCACAGAGGAUGUAAUGUAAAUAGCAUAAAUCUGCAUGUAUAUAUGUAUAUAUUUUUCAAUGAAAUAUGGUUUAAUGCAUUGUGACCGAAUGCUGAUUUACUGCAAUAAAUUCACUGUUCAGUUUAA